CAACCACACUUCAUUUCCCCUACCAGAUAAUAAAUCCGCCCAAAACCCUAAUUUACAUAAAUCUCUAAAUCUCAUAACACCGCCGCUCUCGAAACCCUAACAGCAAGAGCAAAAUGGCAACACGACUGAAGAAAAACCGCAAGAAGAGAGGCCACGUGAGCGCCGGGCACGGUCGUAUCGGAAAGCACCGAAAGCAUCCAGGAGGUCGGGGAAACGCCGGAGGUAUGCACCACCACAGAAUCCUGUUCGACAAGUACCAUCCAGGGUAUUUCGGUAAAGUUGGUAUGCGUUAUUUCCAUAAGCUACGUAACAGGUUUUACUGUCCAAUUGUGAACGUAGAAAAGCUUUGGUCAAUGAUGCCUCAGGAUGUUAAGGAUAAGGCUAAUAAGGACAAUGUUCCGUUAAUUGACGUUACUCAGUUUGGGUACUUUAAGGUGUUAGGUAAAGGUGUCUUGCCUGAGAAUCAACCUUUUGUUGUUAAGGCUAAACUUGUUUCUAAAAUUGCUGAGAAGAAGAUUAAGGAAGCUGGUGGUGCUGUUCUUCUUACUGCUUAAGUUUAGGGUUUUGAAUUUUUUAUUAAUGUUUUGUACUCGGAGGAUUUUGUUAUUUUAUGCGGAUUUUUUUGUUAUGAUUUACGGUUAUUUGUUAGAAUUAAAGUAUGGUGGUAUAACUAUUUGAAUUAUCUAUAAUCAUCAAUAUGCUAAAUUCUUUCA